AUGGGUAGCGGAGCGUCUGUCAGCGAAGAAACGCCGCCGGAGAGGCUGGAAGUCGAGGACGCUCAGCCUGAAGCCGGCCCAGCCUCCACACCUGCGGAAUGGAGCGAGGACACCCUGCAGAACCUACAACUUUUUCCAAAGGAGUGGUACAAUCAGGGACGCUUCAUCACCACCAACGAGGAAAAGGUGAAUACCUGCAGGUUCUGGGACCCUCAGUCAGGGGUCUGGCUGCUAUUGCCACUGCAGUGGGAGAUGGAAGUCGAGUUUGUCAAAGUUCGAGUCCAGCAAGUCAUGUUUGCCCUACCAGGCCUGGUGGACCAGAAGGAGAUCAUGGCAGCUCUCAGACAGUGUAACUACGACCCUGAAGAAGUCAUCUCUGUGUACCUCACCAUGUUCGGAGAAAUCCUCCUGCAAGCCUCUCCAAGUGGAGAUCAAAGCUACACUGACCUCAACUCCUUCAGAGCCCUUCUGGAGAGGGACCGCGUCAUAGAAGAUAUGAGGCACAAACUCCAGACUAAAGAAAAGGAGGUGGAAAAUCUCUUCCAGAGGAACAGUUACCUGACAAGGGAGGUCCGCUACCUGACUGACGUUGUCCAGCACUUGAACCAGAAGCUGGCUGAGCUGGAGGCUGAUCAGCAAGAGGCGCGAGAGAAAAUCCGAUCCCUCCUGAAUCGCCGAACUCCGGCUGUCCCACCAGACAAAACCACCUCUAAGCCUGCUGUGGACCCCAGCCAACUCCGCAAGGUGAGCCAGCUGACUCGAGAACUCAACGUCUCAAACAAGCAGCUUCGAUCAACUGUUCACCAAGCUCUGGCUGACAUUAAGAAUCAACUGGGGCAGUUUUAUGACUCAGUUGGGAAGCUGGCCCAAGUAGAACAGGAGGCAACAAAGGAGACGGAGGAACUGCGAUCCCUUUACAGAAAGGAGGUGGUGGAGAGGAAGAGCCUAUACAACAAGCUAUUGGAGCUGCAGGGAAACAUUCGGGUGUUCUGCCGCUGCAGGAAGAGCUUGGCCUCCAGCUGUCUGGAGAAAACUGAUGACCAGGAGGUAGUAGUCAUCCAGAAAGGAAACAGAAAGAAGUUCCAGUUCGACAAAGUCUACUCUCCCAGCAGUACACAGGAGGAUGUGUUUACUGGAACUCUACCACUGAUAAUGUCCUGUGUGGAUGGCUAUAAUGUCUGUAUCCUGGCCUAUGGACAAACUGGCUCAGGCAAGACAUACACCAUGAUGGGCAGCAAGGAAAAUCCUGGAGUCAACAUUAGGUCGAUACGAGAGCUGCUACGCAUUUGUGCAGGAAAAGAGAAGGUGUCCUACACUCUGAAGAUUUCCAUGCUGGAGAUUUAUAACGACACUUUGAAUGACCUGUUGACCAAAAGUCCCAGUGCUUCGCUGGAUAUUAGAGUCCAGGGGAAAGCAGUGUCUGUCCCAGGACUGACUCAAAUCCAAGUCCAGACUGAGACUGACAUUCUCAGUGUUAUGGAGAUGGGGGAAAAGAACAGAAAGAUUGCCUCCACCAAAAUGAAUAUACAGAGCUCUCGCUCUCACCUGAUGGUGGCACUGGAGGUAGAGGGCUUAGACAAAGUGUCUGGACAGAUUUCUCGAGGUACAUUGACAUUAUGUGACCUUGCUGGAUCUGAGCGGAUCUCCAAGACAGAAGCUGAAGGUCAGAGGCUGGUGGAGGCGGCCGCCAUAAAUAAAUCCUUGACAGCACUGGGACAGGUGUUUGGAGCUCUGAAAUGUAAUGCUCUCCACAUCCCAUUCAGGAACUCUAAACUCACCCACCUCCUGCAGCCCUGCCUCAGCGGAGACGCCAAGUGCUGCGUGUUUGUGAAUGUGAGUCCCGACGUCAAGGACGUGGUGGAAACUCUGAGCACACUACAGUUUGGUUCCACAAUUCGACAGGUUUCACUUGGCAAAACGACGCAAAACAUUGUACCUGCUAAAACCAAUAAGACUGCCAAGUAG